AUGACGAGCCCGCAGCAUCCCCGGCCCCCAACUCCAUACCCAGGUGAGGUGCAGAGGCACUGCAUCCCCACGCACGCCCCCUUCAGCCUGGAAAACAGGAGGUUCCUGGAGCUGGACAGGUUUUACCAGCUGACCCAACAGCAACGUGAGUUUUACAAGGACAAGACUGGAACACUUUAUCCCAUUCCCUACUUCGUGCUGCCUGAAGAGGAGAAGGAAAAAUAUCCACACCCACUGGACCUCCCCCAGCUCAGUGGGAAGACACGAUGGCACUUACUGCGUGUGUCCCCAGAGAACCUGCACACCUACCAGACAUUCCCAUCGGGCAAGAGGGUCACCUCCCAGGAGAGAGAGGUCCGUGACAGCUUCUUUGAGUACAGGGCAUAA